GAAGAACUAUGGCUGCAAAGGCCUUCCAUGCCAUCAGGGGCCUUUACCUCGGCAAGCACUUUCCAGAGGACACUGUAAUGUCAACGCUGGUGUACAAGCCACAGCCAGACGACAUAUUCGUCGUCAGCUACCAAUGUGGAACCACUUGGGUGCAUCACAUCGUUUACAACAUCCUCAUGAACGCCCAGGAACCUAAAGAUCCCUUAGAUCAAGCUCUGCGAAUGCCUUUUUUAGAGAUGCAAGGAGCCGAAGCCGCCCUCUACGCGCCAAAACCACACGUCUUAAAGACCCACUUGCCUUUCCACAUGAGCCCUUACUCCAAAGAGGCGAAGUACAUCUAUAUCACGAGAAACCCUUAUGACUGCUGCGUGUCGUUUUACUACCACACGAAGCAAAAUCCACCGUAUCAAUUCGGGGAAGGCACUUUUGAUGAGUUUCUUGAACUCUUUCUAGAAGGGCAAGUCGAUUUUGGAGACUACUUUGACAACGUUCUUUCAUGGUACGAGCAUAGAAAUGACCAUAAUGUGCUUUUUCUAACAUAUGAAAACCUCAGAAAAGACACGACAACGUAUGUCCUUAAAAUUGCCGGUUUCAUCAGCCAAGAAAGAGAGAAGAAGCUAAAAGAAAAUCCCGAGCUGCUGCAUGGCGUCUUGGAGAAGUCCAGCUUGGAAUACAUGAAGCGAAAUAUUAGCGACAGUCGGCAGGCUCCCAGACGAGGUUUCGGCAACUCACCGCAGAUGGACUCUCUCAGACCAGAGCUUCUUAAAGGACUUCAUAAUGUGAUGGAGUUUACGAAGGUACCCAGGUCUGGCUACUUUGUUCGCAAGGGCCAAGUAGGUGAUUGGAGGAAUCACUUCUCGCAGGGGCAGAUUGAACGGAUGAAACGAAAAAUUUCCGAGACAAGGGCUGGGCGAGACCUCAUGACUUUGUGGAGAGAUACAGACAUUCCUUAA